AUGGCUCUUCCUACACCUCCUUUACCAGAUUGGCUUGUCCAAUGGGCAACAAAGCUCUUAAAGCAAGAGCUGAACUACCUCCUGUACUAUGAAAGAAACAUUAAAGAUCUAGAAAAUCAAGUUAACAAGCUCAAGCUAGAGCGACAGAAGCUGGGUGAUAGGGUUGCAGAGGAUGAAGACCGCCAUGGGAGAGAAAUAUACGAUGACGUGUCAAAAUGGCUGGACGGGGCUGAUACAAUCAUUGAUGCCUAUGAAAAGUUCGAAAAAGAAGAAGAAGAAGCCCAUGCGAGAUGUUUAGCUGGCUUUCCUCCUAAUUUGUCAGCAAGAUAUUUUCUUAGCAAAAAAUCAAUAGAAAUUAAAGGAAAAGCUGAGAGUCAGUUACAGAAUGCAAAGUUUGAUAUCAUAUCACGUAGUCGAGGGCCACCUUCCGUGGCUCUUGUUUUGUCUAAUGUUGAUUAUCAAAGCCUUCCUUCGAGAGUUACGGCAAUGGAAGACAUCACGAAUGCAUUGAAAGACACAAGUGCUAGAAUGAUCGGUGUUCACGGGCCAUCUGGUGUGGGGAAGACCACUCUAGUCAUGGAAGCGGUUAACAAAGUUCAAAAUGAUCAAGAAAAGCCGAAGCUAUUCGAUGUGGUGAUCAUGGCAAAUGUGACGAAAAGUCCAAACAUCAGAAAGAUUCAAGGGCAGAUCGCCGACAUGUUGUGGAUGAAACUUGACGAGGAAAGUGAAGAAGGAAGAGCAAGUCGAAUAAGAGAGAGAUUGAAGAAAGAGAAGGAGAGCACUCUUAUAAUCCUCGAUGAUCUUUACGGUAAAGUUGAUUUGAACAUAUUGGGGAUUCCAUGGCAGAGUGGUGAUGGAAAUCAGAAGAAUCCAAAAGGAAAGAAGUCCCUUGGCUCAAGCACAGCCAAUGAGGAGACAAAGCAACAAGCCCUAGCAGAUGGUGUGAUGAUGAAUGCUCAGAAAUCCUCCGAUGCUUCCUCUUCUUCAGCUUCAACUUCCAUAAUAGCGUUGACAACAGAAGAACGCUAUAAAGGGUGCAAGGUUUUACUUAUCUCAGAGGUGAGGCAAGUGCUUAACCAAAUGGAUGUAAGGCCAAAACUAAUUGUCCCUCUGGAACUCUUGAACGAGAAGGAUGCAAGGAUAUUGUUCAAUAAAAUAGCAGGAAUAGGUGACAAAAACACUGAAUUUGGAGAAUUGCCAGCUCAGAUUGUCGAAAAAUGUGAUGGAUUACCGAUGUCGUUAGUUACAACUGCAAAGGCCUUGAAAGGCCGAAGUCGGUUGGUUUGGCAGGAUACUUAUCAGAAGUUUGAAAUGCAGACAAUGACAGGAACACCUGAGCAUUCUACUCGGGUGAUUUACAACCUAUUAGAAAACGAGGAGCUUAGGAUAACCUUCUUGCUUUGUGCUUGUAUGGAUAACGAUGCAUUAGUUUCAGAUCUGGUGAGAGCAUGCAUUGGAUUGGGUUUUCUUCGUGGGAUCUACACAGUAAGGGACACCAGAACCAGAGUGCAAGUGAUGCUUAUGAAGCUCAGAGAGUCAGGGUUGUUGUCCGACAGCUAUUCGAGUGACCGUUACACGAUGCAAACUCUUGUUCGCAAUGCAGCUUUGUCGAUAGCAUUCAAGGAGAGGCACAUGUUCAUGUUGAACAAAGUAAGAGUAGAUGAAUGGCCAGAUGAUGAUGAGGUUAGAAGGUAUGUUGCUAUUUCCUUGCGGCAUUGUGAUAUCAUUGAUGCCAUUACUAAGAGAAUGACAUGUGCUAGACUUAAAAUCUUGGAAGUUAUCAAUAAUGAUCCACAAUUGAAACUUCCAACGAAAUUCUUCGAACAAAUGAAAGAGCUCAAAGUGUUGAUCUUAACUGGCAUUAAUCUGUCACCGUCUGAUUCAUCGGUUGGUUGUUUAACCAAACUCAGAAUGCUCUGUUUGGAGCAUUGCACGCUAAGUUCAUCCAAAGAAGAAUUAAGUUUGAGUGAGGAAUUAAGCAUCAUAAAAAACCUAGAGAAUCUAAGAAUUCUUAGCUUUUCAGGGUCUAAUAUUGAUUGCUUGCCUGUUGAAUUAGGGGAUUUGUCUAAGUUGCAAACCCUAGACAUAAGUAAUUGCCCUAAACUUAGAGUCAUUCCACCCGAUGUAAUCUCACGUCUUACUUCUUUGGAGGAGUUGUACAUGAGAAAGACUCAAAUUCAAUGGCCAAAGGUUAUUAAUGGAGCCGAAAAUGAUGAGAGAAAAAAUGCUAGCCUAUUAGAAUUGGGGGAGUUGAAUCAAUUGACAAAUCUUGAUAUACAAAUACAAAGUGUGGACCAAUUGCCAGAGAACUUGUUCUUUGACAAGUUGUCUAGUUACAAAAUUGUCAUUGGCUCUUCGAAUAGAUAUUAUUUGAAGGGAGAUUUUAAAAUGCCAGAAAAGUAUGAAUUGUCGAGGUUUUUGGCAAUACAUCAAAAAGGUGGCAUUCACAUUCAUUCUCAUAAGGGAAUCAAAAUGCUAUUCGAAAGAGUUGAGUAUCUUUUGCUGGGAAAACUCAACGGUGUUCAAGAUCUGUUUUAUGAGUUGAAUUUGAAAGGUUUUCCCCAUCUCAAAUAUCUGGCCAUUCAAAAUAAUCAUGAUAUCCAAUUUCUUAUUCACCCAAAGGACAGGCAGGAGCAUCAUGAGAAGGCUUUUGAGAAACUAGAGACUCUUGAACUCAAUAAAGUGACACAAAUUGAGGGACUAUGCUUCUCUUCAUGUCCACUUUCCGAGUCCUCCUUUGUAAACUUGAAAGUCAUCAAAAUCAAUUUUUGUGAAAAUUUGAAGUAUCUCUUCUCGCCUUCUUUGUUUAAGCAUCUAGAAGCUCUUGAGACAAUACAAGUUUCUGAUUGUGACUCUUUAAAGGAGAUUGUUCCUAUAGAGAGGCCUGAUGAAAGUGAGAUGCUUAAGCUCCUUAAAUUACACACUCUGACACUACAAUCUUUAAAAGACUUCAUUGGAUUCUAUCCCAUAUCAACAACAGAAAGCACCAAAAUAUUAUUUCAUGAAAAGGUUGAAGUUAAAGAGUUAGAGAGACUGGAGUUGAGGUGGAUCCAAAUAGACCAAAUAUGGAAUAACCAAAGUUGUAAAUUUGAAAAUUUGAUCCAUUUGGAUGUGAGUGGUUGUCACUAUUUGAAAUAUUUGUUGCCAUUCUCGGUGGCCAAGAAUCUCAAGAAGCUUCAAAGCCUUUAUGUUAGUGAAUGCUACCAGAUGGAGAACAUCUUCCCUGAUGGACCCGUAAAAGUUGCUAAGAUCAAACGAGUCAACUCUGUUAAGCUAGAACGUAGUGGUGUUGGCAUUGUUCCUGCCACCACUGUCGCUAACUCGGUACCUCAUCCGAGUCAACCCGCCGUUUUCCAAAUCCCAUCAUGCUCCGACCCAUCAUCAUCAUCCCCAUCCUUUUGGCCUUCUCCCUCACCCUCUCAGUUCCUGAGUUGA